AUGACAGGGUCACGGCCCGUCCAUGACAUCAGCGGGUAUGUCUGUGGCUUUCCAUGUCAACCUUUCAGCAAGCAAAAUUCAAGCAAGAAGGCUGGGUGGAAGCACCCGGCCGCAGCUUUGGUGAAGCAUGUGGUCAGGGUCACUAUGGAGCAGCGGCCAGUGUGGAGUGUCUAUGAGAACGUGAUGAACAUCCUUUCACACCGCGCUCGCCUGUUUUCUAUCUUCCGCGCCGGGGGUCUCCUGGACCUGUACACAAUGUUCUGUGUGCCAGUUUGCCCCCACCGCUCACUGGGUCUGCAGUGCACCAGGCCCAGGUUGUUCUUCAUCCUCGUGCGCAAGGAUGUGCAGGUGGCUGACAGACCCCUGAUGUCAGCUUUGGUUCACACCUUGGUAAGCAGUGUGAGACCAGGGUCGGUCCAGAAGCCUCGCGCGGGCCCCCGUCUGAGAUUCAAGGGUCUCGAGAGCAAGGGGGGCUGGAAGACUCUGCAUGAGCGUGUUCGGGACCAUCUGCAGCUCACAAGGUCACGUGGAAACCUUGCUUGCGACAACCUCACAGAGCGUGAACUAGAUCUCUUGAACAUGGUCGUUGAGGCUGCAAAGAUGCAGGGUCAGGGCGAGCUGUUUGUCGACGUGUCCCAGAGCAUCCACAGAGCCCCCGCGCUGUGGGACGUUUUGCCGACCCUCACGACCAGCAGCAAGGUGGUCAGGGUCAGCGGCAACGGCAAGGAGUGCCGACUGUUGUCUGCCACAGACAAGCUGGGUCACAUGGGUGUGAACCCAGACAGCCUCGUCAUCGAUGAGUCCGUGCAGAGCCGCCUGUGUCGCCUGGCUGGAAAUGCGAUGCACGUGGACGCUGUCGCCUUGGCCAUGGCACUGGCUAUGGCCCUGGUCGAUUGGCGGAAGGCCAACAUCGUCCAGGGUCAGCCGUCAGGAUCAGACUGUGUGGCAGGGGUGCCGGCAGGGUCAACGAAGUUUGUCCUGCCGCCGCAGGUGCUGAGCUGGAAGCUGCUGGAAACGGAGAGUGGGCUGCGCAAGCUCCAAGGAAAGUAUGUGAAGCGAGCCCGAGUCAAGGACAGGGCCAGAACAUUGUUGCAGAAGCCUGCUCUGCCAAAGAAGCAGCCGCGGGCCAAAAGAGCCUCCAAUGCCAAGGUCAAAGGAGCUCACUCAGCUAAGCCACCGUUGCCCAAAAAGAGGCGCGGAGAUCCCCAGCCGAAGCUUGUGGAGACAAGUGCGGCCAGCCGUUUGAAGCAGUUGUUUGCAUAG